UGGCUGCAGCCGUCCUCCUGUCGCUUAGCUCCAGCUCCCAUCUCCAUCCCAAACAUCAGCCUGGGCUCCAGUGAGUUACCAGCGCUGGAAACGGAAGCCGUUCAGAAGGACACAAAGCGGAAACGUCCUCGUGUGCGCCGUAUGUGAGCGAAUGAUCCUCGAAGCAUAGGGCCGGUCCACAUCUGACAUGGACGAAAAUACUGGACCAAGCGCGGCGCUUCUUCUCUUCACGUUUGUCUUCAUUCUGUAUUAUGACCAGACGACCGUGUGGACGAGCUAGUCCUGCCCAGAAAGGAGGAGGCGGAGUAGGAGACACACGCACAAGGGUGUCGACGGCAGGAGCAGAGGAGAAAAGGCGGGGAGCAGCGGGGGGAAAUAGACUAGCUAAUAAAUCAAGAUACUGAUAAUGGCUGCUAAAUCGGACGGGGUCCUGAAGAUGAAGAAGAGCGACGUGGCCUUCACCCCUCUGCAGAACUCGGAGCACUCUGGCUCGGUGCAGGGACUCCACCCGGGCGGCCAGCUGGACUCUGCGGGCACCGGGGACGGGGAUUUUGCCAACGGGGAGUCGCGGUGCUGCGGUGCGGGAGGCUCAAACUCGGCGUGCCUUCGUCUGGGGAAAGGGCAGCAGAAAUAUACGGUGUGGGACUGCUUGUGGAUCGUAGCCGCCGUGGCCGUUUAUCUGGCCGAUGUGGGCACCGAUGUGUGGCUGUCGGUCGACUACUACCUCCGCCACGACUACUGGUGGUUCGGCCCGACGCUCUUUUUCGUUGUGUUGGGCUCCUUCUCGGUCCAGCUCUUUAGCUUCAGAUGGUUCGUCCACGACUUCAGCACCGAGGACGGUGCCGAUUCUGUCACCGACUGCUCCCUCGUGGAUGGGAAUAAAUUGCUCAGCGGCUCGGCCUCGCACGGUGAUGUUACUGCUCAACACCACCCGGCCACGCCGCAGAGGCAGGCGUCGACCGCCAGCAAGAACACCACCACUAACAGCACGGCGAGCACCGCGCUGGGGAACAGGAAUAGGAAACGCUCGGCCUACUACUCCUUCUGUGUUUGGUUCGGCCAGUCCGUCAUUCACAUCAUGCAGCUGGGCCAGAUAUGGAGGUAG